UUCUCUUAAUAUAAUUAUUAACUCCGACCAGUUUUGCCAAUGUUAUAACUUUAUAAUCCUCGUACUAUGUUCUGCUACAAUUUUAGUGCAGUUAGCAUGAUACCAUGAUAGCAUUCAAUACCAUUCAGAGAGAGGUCUCACACUCCUACCCAAUUUUCACGCUGUCAAUGCCAAUUACCUCCUCUUCUUCUUUAGGUUCCCCUCUUCUCUCUCCUCUUAUAUCUUUCUCUCUCUUCUCUCAUUCAAUUAGCAGCAAUGGCGAAGAAGAAGAUGCUCAAUAAUAGGAGAAAGAAGAGAGAUGAUUUUAGCCAAAUUGAUCACAUACCUAAGUAUUCUCACAAACCCAGAAGCCCCAAUGGACACAGACGUCGCACUGACUACUCUCUCUUCUUCUCUCAAGAGUCCUCCAGCAACAAAAGGAUAUUAUCUGGUGUAAGCGUAGCAAUUUCGGAAGAAUCAAAGGACAUGAGAAGUGAAGUUCUUGAUCAAUGCUGCAAGUUCCAUCUCAAAAGGCAAGAGUCUGCUGCAGUUCCUGUCAGAGAAGUUGAAUUACUUGCCCAAGAUUCACUUUUGGAACCUUGUGCUAACAGAUAUGUUGAUAAACAAAGAAGUGAUACUAUCAGAACUUCACAGCUCUCUCUGGAUAAAUUAAUACUUACAGAGAGCAAUGAUCUAUGCGGAACUCCAGGAAGUGUAGCAGGGGCAAAAAAUGCUCACCAGUUGUGGCGGCCUGCUGAAGAUUCUCAUCAGAAGGAAUGUGCUAAUGCAUGCAAACAGUUGAUUGGAUCCCCUGAUGGGUGUAAUUGUCCGAAUUCUUCAGAUCGAUCACCUGAUAAGUGGAAUUCGUCAAGUUCCAGCAGAAGCGAAAGUAAUUACUUAGGAAUAGGGAGAAGCAAAAGGGAAAGAAAGCCAAAAGUGCAUUUUGAUGAGGUUACUUUUCCAGUGAAAUCAUCGAGGAAGGUUCGCCGGUUCAGGAUAAUGCGGCUUCUUGGCCUUGCUGCUCCAAUUGGGUCUCCUUUUUGCUCACUCCCCACAUAACAAUUGCUUCCAAAUAGUGUAGAAUUUUGAAACUUUUUUGGGUUCCUUAGGUGCUAUAAAGGAGCUAAUACUAAACUUUCUACUCUUGUAAGAAAAAUAUACCUCAUGUCAAUUGUUUUUCAUGUGAUGAAGAAGAUAAUGUUAUUUGAAUACUAAAGUGUGCCUGUCCUUAUAAAUGUGGAUAUAUGGGAC